GUCCUGCCUACUGUCUGGGAAUUGGACCCAUCAUUUCCCACAGCAGAUUCCUGUGGAUGGGGAUCGGCAGUGCCUGCAACUACUAUAACAAGAUGUACGGAGAGUUCAUGAGAGUCUGGAUAAGUGGAGAGGAAACCCUCAUCAUCAGCAAGUCCUCAAGUAUGUUCCAUGUAAUGAAGCACAAUAAAUACAUCUCCCGAUUUGGCAGCAAACUUGGCUUGCAGUGUAUUGGUAUGCAUGAGAAAGGCAUCAUAUUUAACAAUAAUCCAGACCUCUGGAAAGAAGUUCGGCUUUUCUUUAUGAAAGCUUUGACGGGCCCUGGCCUUGUUCGCAUGGUGGCGGUUUGUGCGGAAUCCAUCCUCAGGCAUCUGGACAAGCUGGACGAGGUCACCAGUGCCCUGGGCUAUGUGGACGUGCUGACCCUCAUGCGACGCAUCAUGCUGGACACCUCCAACGUGGUCUUCUUGGGAAUCCCCUUGGAUGAAAGUGCCAUUGUGAAUAAAAUCCGAGGUUAUUUUGAUGCAUGGCAAGCUCUCCUUCUAAAACCCAACAUCUUCUUUAAGAUUUCUUGGCUGUACAAAAAGUAUGAAAAGUCUGUCAAGGAUUUGAAAGAUGCCAUAGAUGUUUUGGUAGAAGAAAAAAGACACCAGGUUUCCAUGGCAGAGAAACUGGAAGACUGUAUGGACUUUGCCACUGACUUGAUUUUUGCUGAGAAACGUGGAGAACUAACAAAAGAGAACGUGAACCAAUGUAUAUUGGAAAUGCUGAUAGCGGCCCCUGACACCAUGUCUGUCACAGUGUACUUCAUGCUCUCUCUCAUUGCAAAGCACCCUAAUGUUGAGGAAGAAAUAAUGAAGGAAAUCCAGACUGUUGUUGGUGAGAGAGACAUACAAAUGAAUGAUAUACAAAAAUUGAAAGUGGUGGAAAACUUCAUCUACGAGAGCCUGCGGUACCACCCUGCUGUGGAUUUGGUCAUGCGCAGAGCCUUGGAAGACGAUGUGAUUGAUGGCUACCCAGUGAAAAAGGGAACUAACAUUAUUCUGAAUAUUGGAAGAAUGCACAGACUUGAGUAUUUCCCCAAGCCCAAUGAAUUUACUCUGGAAAAUUUUGAGAAGAAUGUAAGAGUCCUUCCUUAA